AACUUCUUUGAUCUCUCUUCUUAAUCAAUUUUUUCUCUUCCCUUUUUGUGAGCUUUGACAUGGCGGAUGCUGGUGGCUCAGGCGGGGAUAAGAGGAUGUGGUGUUCAAUUCCGGAGCGGCUGCAGCUGCAUGCGGCCAUGUUGGCCUUGCAGUUUGGCUACGCUGGCUUCCAUGUUGUCUCUAGGGCUGCCCUUAACAUGGGCAUCAGCAAACUUGUUUUCCCAGUUUAUAGAAACAUCAUCGCUUUGCUUUUGCUCCUGCCCUUUGCUUAUUUUCUUGAAAAGAAAGAGAGGCCAGCCAUUACCCUAAAUUUCCUGUUGCAGUUCUUCCUUCUUGCUAUGGUUGGAAUAACAGCAAACCAAGGAUUCUACUUGCUGGGGCUAGACAAUACAUCACCCACCUUUGCGUCGGCAAUUCAAAACUCCGUUCCGGCCAUUACAUUUCUGAUGGCGGCCAUUGUCCGGAUAGAAAAAGUACGAUGGAACCGGAAAGAUGGAAUAGCAAAAGUGAUAGGAACUGCCUGCUGCGUAGCCGGGGCGACGGUGAUCACUCUGUACAAGGGUCCAGUAAUAUACAGCCCUCUUCACCGCCUGCACAGACCCACACCACCCAUGUUUGUUUCUUUUGGAGAUGCAAAUGGAAAGAACUGGACUCUCGGCUGCAUCUAUCUCAUCGGCCAUUGCCUGUCCUGGUCUGGGUGGCUCGUUCUACAGGCCCCGGUUCUCAAGAAGUACCCUGCCCGUCUCUCCGUCACCUCCUACACUUGUUUCUUCGGUCUCAUUCAGUUCUUGAUCAUCGCCGCCAUUUUCGAGAGAGACCCUCAGGCCUGGAUUUUUCACUCCGGCGGUGAACUCUUCACCAUCCUCUACGCUGGUGUGGUCGCAUCAGGGAUAGCCUUUGCCGUUCAGAUAUGGUGCAUUGACAGGGGUGGCCCUGUUUUCGUAGCUGUUUAUCAGCCUGUCCAGACUCUUGUUGUCGCUAUUAUGGCUUCCAUUGCUUUAGGCGAAGAAUUCUACUUGGGAGGGAUCAUCGGGGCAGUAUUCAUCAUAGUGGGACUCUACCUUGUGCUGUGGGGAAAAAGUGAGGAGAAGAAGUUUUUAUUACUAGAAAAGGCUUUGAUCCAGUCCAUUACGGAGCACGGGAACACCAGAGCAUCAACCCAAAUCAAGACAUCUUCUCUCUCUCAGCCUCUCCUCCCUCCAUCAACGGAAAACGUUUGAUCAUCAUCUCUAUAAGAACCCUCAUUAACCUUUAACUUCAGUGUUUGCUAGCUGGAAAAUGGCAGAAAGUGAACCACCAGCUAUAUCAGAAAUGUUUGUGUGUGUAUGUUGUUUUCCCUUUUCCCUUUCUUUUUAAUUUGUAUUUUGCCCCUCUUUUUCUCUUUUAAGUUGUCCAAGAAGCACAGAGAGGGUUAAUUUUGAAGGGGAUGUACGUCAUGAUGAUGAUGAUGAUCAUGAGUGUCACUUGUGUAGGCUACCUGAGCCAAAAUUCCCAUAUGGUUUUUUAUAUGUUAGUUAAGUUUAUGCCUAUUUUCUUUCGGUUUUCUCAUUUUGGGUUAGUGAGUUUUGACUAGAUAACCCAUAAAUUAAGCUCAUUUUUCAUUUUAAAAGCCCACAACCCACACAACCCAACCACAAAUCAACAUUUUAAUCGAGAAUUCGGGACAAAUUUGAUUUAACUAUCUAAAAUUCUAAAUUUAAGUCAUCUUCUUCGUUUAAUUUAUUUGUGUUAUUGGAUAUUUAGAUUUUAAUUAG